UGCUUCUUCCCGCCCAGCUACCCGAGCUACAGGCUGGGGAACCUGACCGCCACGGACACGGGCUACACGGCCAGCCUGACCCGCGCCGCAACGACCUUCUUCCCCAAGGACAUCCUCACCCUGCGGCUGGACGUGCUGCUGGAGACGGAGAGCCGGCUGCACUUCACGUACUUCCCCCGCCACCGCUUACCGAGAGGGCACUGCGCACCGGACAGGAGCCAGGGCCCGGAGUGCGUUUUCUCAUUCACCCUGAGCCUGCUGUGCCAGGUGAGCCCACUGUGCCAGGUGAGCCCACUGUGCCAGCUGUGCCAGGUGAGUCCACUGUGCCAGCUGUGCCCAGUGAGCCCGCUGUGCCAGUUGUGCCCGGUGAGCCCACUGUGCCAGCUGUGCCCGGUGAGCCCACUGUGCCAGGUGAGCCCGCUGUGCCAGGUGAGCCCACUGUGCCAGCUGUGCCCGGUGAGCCCGCUGUGCCAGUUGUGCCCGGUGAGCCCACUGUGCCAGCUGUGCCAGGUGAGCCCACUGUGCCAGGUGAGCCUGCUGUGCAAGCUGUGCCAGAUGAGCCCGCUGUGCCAGUUGUGCCCGGUGAGCCCACUGUGCCAGCUGUGCCCGGUGAGUCCACUGUGCCCGGUGAGCCCGCUGUGCCAGCUGUGCCCGCCCAACGCUGUGUCCUCUGCGUCCCAGCCCGACGUGAACCUGUACGGGUCCCACCCUUUCUACCUGGCACUGGAGGACGGCGGGCUGGCCCACGGGGUCUUCCUGCUGAACAGCAACGCCAUGGACGUGGUCCUGCAGCCCAGCCCAGCCCUCAGCUGGAGGUCGACAGGCGGGAUCCUGGACGUGUACGUCUUCCUGGGCCCGGAGCCCAAGAGUGUGGUGCAGCAGUACCUGGAGGUCAUAGGUGGGCCUGCUCCCGAAGCCUGUGUCCAGGUGCCCGCACCACGCGGCUUCGCCCUGCGACGGGGCCUCAUGCCCACCUCCCCCACUGGUGCCAAGACUUGCCUUUCCUUCUCCACCCGCUUCCCCCGCCCCCAGGAUCCCGCCAUCAGCAGCUCUGGCCCCGCGGGGAGCUACCGGCCCUACGACGAGGGGCUGCGGAGGGGGGUGUUCAUCACCAACGAGACCGGGCAGCCCCUGAUCGGGAAGGUGUGGCCAGGGCCCACCGCCUUCCCCGACUUCACCAACCCCGAGGCCCUGGACUGGUGGCAGGACAUGGUGGCUGAGUUCCACGCCCAGGUGCCCUUCGACGGCAUGUGGAUCGACAUGAACGAGCCGUCCAACUUUGUGAAGGGCUCCGUGGACGGCUGCCCCGAUAACGAGCUGGAGAACCCGCCCUACGUGCCUGGGGUGGUGGGCGGGUCCCUCCGGGCAGCCACCAUCUGUGCCUCCAGCCGCCAGUUUCUCUCCACGCACUACAACCUGCACAACCUGUACGGCCUGACCGAGGCCUUGGCCUCCCACAGGGCCCUGGUGAAGGUUCGGGGGACACGCCCCUUCGUCAUCUCCCGCUCCACCUUCGCCGGCCACGGCCAAUACGCCGGCCACUGGACAGGGGACGUGUGGAGCAGCUGGGAGCAGCUGUCCUCGUCGGUGCCGGAAACCCUGCUCUUCAACCUGCUGGGGGUGCCCCUGGUGGGGGCCGACGUCUGCGGCUUCCUGGGCAACACGUCGGAGGAGCUGUGCGUGCGCUGGACACAGCUGGGGGCCUUCUACCCCUUCAUGCGGAACCACAACGACCUGCACAGCCUGGUACAGGAGCCGUACAGGUUCAGCGAGACGGCGCAGCAGGCCAUGCGGAAGGCUCUGGGCCUGCGCUACGCGCUGCUGCCCCACCUCUACACGCUCUUCCACGAUGCCCACACCCGUGGCGACACCGUGGCCCGGCCCCUCUUCCUGGAGUUCCCCGAGGACCCCCGCACCUGGCCGGUGGACCGCCAGCUCCUGUGGGGAGAGGCCUUGCUCAUCACACCGGUGCUCGAGGCUGGGAAGGUGGAAGUGACUGGCUACUUCCCCGCCGGCACGUGGUACGACCUGCAGACGGUGCCAGUAGAGGCCUUUGGCAGCCUCCCGCCUCCACCUCUGGCACCCCUCAAGCCUGCCAUCCACAGCGAGGGCCAGUGGGUGACGCUGCCGGCCCCCCUGGACACCAUCAACCUCCACCUCCGGGCUGGACACAUCAUCCCCCUGCAGGGCCCUGGCCUCACGACCACGGAGUCGCGCAAGCAGCCCAUGGCGCUGGCCGUGGCCCUGACCUCGAGCGGGGAGGCCCGCGGGGAGCUCUUCUGGGAUGACGGGGAGAGCCUGGGGGUGCUGGAGCGUGGGGCCUACACACAGCUCGUCUUCCUGGCCAGGAAUAACACCGUCGUGAACGACCUGGUGCACGUGAGCAGCGAGGGGGCCGCCCUGCAGCUGAGGAGGGUGACCCUCCUGGGCCUGGCCUCGGCCCCCAAGCAGGUCCUUGCCAAUGGGGUUCCUGUCUCCAACUUCACCUACAGCCCCGACACCCAGACCCUGGACAUCCCUGUCUCGCUGACGAUGGGACAGCAGUUUCUCAUCAGCUGGUCUUGACUGGGGCCAAGGGCGCGUCGGGCCUCGAGUUCCCCGACUUCACCAACCCCUGGUGUUCACCCAUGUCGCGUAGUGCUGACCUCCCUCCAACACCCAGAUCUGCUCACCUGUCUACCUCCUGUGCUGGGCGCUGGGCCAGCGGCACCUGCAUCACAGUUUCCUGGUCCAGCUCCCACGUCGGGCCAGUGUCCUGGGGUUGCCUGGGUUUGGAAUGUUUCACUGGAGCCUUGCUCUCCGUAGCCCGACACGGAUGCGUGGAACGUCGGCCACCCCCAGCUGCCUGCCCCGAUGGCAGGGAAGGUGGCGUUUGGGGCCACGUGGUACCUGUGCCCCGAGUCACGCUCGGGCGGCUCUGCUGCUGCCCUGACAGGACGGAGCUGGGGGCCGCCUGCUGGGACCUCGGGAGACUGCCUGGGAAAGAUUUUGUUUUAAGUGCAAUUAUUUGUAAUAAAAGCGGCAUCCGGCCAAGCCUCUGGGUGCCCCUGGCAUCCAGGGCACAGAGGGUGUGCCCGGGGGCCAUGACACGGAGACACGUAACAGUGUCUUUGAGGAGUGAACGUUUUUCAUUGUGAUGAGCACAGCUUGCUUCUAUUUCUUACCCCCUUUAAUGAAAUCUUUGCUAAACCCAAAGUCCCCAUGACUUUUCUCCUGUUUUCUCCUAGAGAAGUUUUGUAAUUUUAAGUCUUACAUUUCCAGCGAGGUUUGAUAGAUGCAAUGAAGUAAAGGCUCGUCCAGGUU